AUUCAGAUAAAAGUCCCCGCGACUGCAGCGAACUUCCGGCUAAACCGGCCUGUCACGGGACGGACGCAGCGGCGCGCAUGCGCAGUGCUGAGCAGCGCGGGGCUAGCGCGGGGCUAGCGCGUGUUAGCGAUGGAUUCCCAAAAAGAUCUGCAGCCUCCUAAACAGCAGCCCAUGAUCUACAUCUGUGGAGAAUGUCACACAGAAAAUGAGAUUAAAGCCAGAGACCCCAUCAGAUGCAGAGAGUGCGGCUACAGGAUCAUGUACAAGAAGAGGACGAAGAGAUUGGUCGUGUUCGACGCUCGAUGAGCUGCAGGAUGGAUUUCCCUUCCAAACCAAGACUGUCGUUCAAUUAAUGUGCUUUUGUUUUUCUUUCCACUCCAUUUCAGACGGAGCUGUAAAUACGUGUGUGCAUGCUGAUUGAUCAGAAAUACAGCUUUCUUUAUCAACGCUGA